GCCUCUUUCUUUGGGCUUCACCCACUUAACUAUGGUUAGGGUUUAGGGUUCACACACAGAAGCGCAUAUAUACAUUUUACUUCGAAUUCUGACAAUUUGAUUUUGAUUCCUCGGAGGGAGAGAAGAGCAAUGGUGCACGUCAACUUCUACCGAAACUAUGGAAAGACAUUUAAGAAGCCUCGUCGUCCCUAUGAGAAGGAGCGUUUGGAUGCAGAGCUGAAGCUUGUGGGAGAGUAUGGGCUUCGAUGCAAGAGGGAGCUGUGGAGGGUUCAGUAUGCUCUGAGCCGCAUUCGUAAUGCCGCGAGGAUGCUUCUUACACUUGAUGAGAAGAACCCCCGCCGAAUUUUUGAGGGUGAGGCUCUUCUCCGAAGGAUGAACCGUUAUGGGCUUUUGGAUGAAAGUCAGAAUAAGCUUGAUUAUGUCUUGGCCUUGACUGUCGAGAACUUCCUUGAGCGUCGCCUCCAAACACUAGUGUUCAAGACGGGUAUGGCAAAGUCCAUCCACCAUGCCAGAGUGCUCAUCAGACAGAGGCAUAUCAGGGUUGGAAGGCAGGUGGUGAACAUCGCAUCUUUCAUGGUGAGAGUUGACUCUCAGAAGCACAUUGAUUUCUCACUGACAAGUCCUCUGGGAGGAGGGCGCCCUGGUAGGGUAAAGAGAAGGAACCAGAAGGCUGCUGCCAAGAAGGCUUCAGGUGGAGAUGGAGAUGAAGAGGAUGAAGAAUGAGCGCUGGUAUCAACCUUUGCUUUUAGUAAAUAAUAGGUUGUGUUUAAACUUGUAUCAGACACCAACCUAUUUGAGAAUAGUUUAAUUUAUAUCACUGCAUUAUUGUUCCAGUUUCUGGACCCUCAAACUCUGGUUUUGGCCAAAGUUUUGCUUACAUUUUGUUGUAUGCAAUGACUGGCGUUUUGACAAAUUAUUCUUUUAAUGUCGUGGAUUGUUAUUUUCUUUUUGGUUAUGGAGCAAA